CGCUCGCGUCCCUCUUCCCCUACCCGUUUUUUCCGGGCGGGACCUCGUCCCUUUCGAUCGGCUAGCCAAUCAGAUUCCUGUGCUGGGCGGGGCUUUCAGGGUUGCCACGGCAACUGGGGCCCAGAAGCCCCCGUUGCGUGGGGAGGUUCAGAAGACUUCGUGGCGCCGAAUUUCUGGAGGUGCAGUUCUUUUCCCUCUGCAGAGCCAUGGCUGAAGUCCACGUGAUCGGUCAGCUCGUGGGAGCCAGCGGAUUCCCCCGCAGCAGCCUCUUUUGCAAAUGGGGGAUCCAUGCAGGUGGUGCCUGGAAGCUGCUGUCAGGCCUCCGGGAGGGACAGACCCAAGUCGACCACCCGCAACUGGAUGACGUGGCUUACUGGUGCCACCCCAUUGAUGUCCACUUUGCCACCAAAGGCUUGCAGGGCUGGCCCAAGCUUCACGUCCAGGUCUGGCACCAAGACGCCUUCGGCCGGAGCGAGCUGUACGGCUACGGCUUCUGCCACGUGCCCUCCAGCCCCGGCUUCCACCAGAUGGACUGCGUCACCUGGCGCCCCCUGGGCUCGUGGCAGGAGCAGCUGUCCCAGCUCUUCGUGGGCGGGGGCCCCCAGCUGCUCCACAGCGACCUGAUCUACACGAGCGCCGACCGCUACCGCCUGCAGACCCGCGCCAUGGGCACCGUCCACCUCCAGCUGGCCGUCCUCCUCCGCAACUUUGACCGCUACGGAGUCGAGUGCUGAGCCUCACCUGCCUCCCUGCCAUCCUGGGGCACGGCCGGCACCCUUGCUGCUCCCCGUCUGCCCUGGCCCGGAGCAGCAAACUGCCUCUCGCGAGAAGAAACCGCCUCUUCUGCGGCGGCGAACUGUGUCCCAGGAGGGAGGGACAAGCCACUGCCCCAGCAUGGCUUGCGUGAGCGAUAGCCUGGCAAGUGAGGCUGUGCCACUCUCCCCCGGCUGAAGGGAACCCCCCCCCCAUCCCAUCAGUGGCUCGGGGGCAGGACACACGUGCUGGGACCGAAAAAGGAGCACAGGUGGAUGUCUGAUCAUGCUUCUGACCCUGGGAACAACGCAGGCCCGGUGCCUGUGCUGGCCACCAGAACGCUUCCUCGUUCAACCUGCUGCUUGAAUGGCCCUGGCAGAUUGGCACUGCUCUUCCCCACCUCGGUGUCCGGAAGUCCGUGUCCCGUCGUUUUAUUUCUGUAAAGGAUUUGCGGGUUUUGCUUUGCAUUAAAUGAGCUGUCUCUGAGGGGGGUUGCGUGGUGCUUGUGGGCAAGCAAAAGCUGUUUUGGUGAGUCGGUGGGUGAAUGAAAGCCGCCCGGUUUUCGGUUUGCCAUUGCAUGGAGCGGGAUGCGGCAAUGGCAUCAUUUGGGCCGCCUCCUGCUUUGAGGAGACACUCAGCAAGGUCCCCCGGUCCUGGAGCGCCGAAAUUACUACCAGGCCGCCAGUGGAAUGGGAGGAAAUUUCGAAGUGCGGGAGCCCCUCUCCUCUCCAUGUUUAUUGUGAACUUCAUUAAAAUAAACUGAAAUGAA